AACAAUGCCAUCAGGCCUGACUGGAGGUAGGCUAACUUGCAGGCUGCAGAGGCAUACCGACGAUGAGAAAGGACCAGUAGAAGAGGCAGAAAAAUGUAGCAGAGCCCGGUCCUGUCGCCGUGGUUCCGGCUGGAUUCGCUUUGCAGGCUGUUUGGGAAUACUUAAAACGGGCGCAGAGCCUACACAAGAAUGUGCAGUUUUCAGAGGGGCGGAGACAAGCUUUCCUCGCAUCCAUAGCGAGUAAAAGCGGCGUCCAGGCAGCCUCACUGCUGUAGAGACUAGCCUAUAAGUUUACAAUAGGAAACAAUAAUGUUCUCUCUCGGUUCUUCUGGGCCAUAAUGGGUGGAUGUUUUUCAGCCGCAGAGACGAGUUACACAGCCGGGUAGGCAUUUUUUUCCGGUGCUGCUGUAACGUUAACCAGAAUCGUCCAUGGUGAAGUGACCCUGGGAUUCGAACAAGUGACCCGCCUAACAUAGUUAGAAGUGCUUAGAGAGAACCAACAUUGCAACCAGGACGAAAUUGCGCAGGGUUACAUUAAACGGAUCCCAGCCUGAUCUUCCUGCGCGCAGUGAUAAAGAGCACCCUCCGCGGCUGUUUCCCCGUGGGGUGGCUGUGAAAAGUGGACAGUCUGGUUUGUUUUCUCCAUCCACUUCCAGCCUGUAUGGAACAAAGUGUGCUUUCUGAAGCAUAACCUGCGCCCGUGAGGUGGAUCCAGGCGGUUUGUCAGCUUGGGUUUAUAUGUCGUAACAGUGCUAGUCGAGAGAGUCCAGCUUCUCCCGACAAUCAUCAUGAGGACCACCGAGGAGGCAGAGGGCUUUGACGGCGAGGCCUCCAACACUUCCAUGAUCUCCGGGGCCAGCAGUCCGUAUCAACCCACCACCGAGCCCGUCCAUUCAAGGAAUGUUUUGGGGGGGAUUAGGUGCGACAUGGAGUACCUUAAGUCAUACUUUGGGAUUUUAAAGGCGGUUGAAGUGGUCCUAUCACUUAUUGGAUUCAUCUGCAUUGAGACCAUCAUGAUGUGUUCUCCCUGUGGGGGGGUGUACUUCUUCGAGUUUGUCAGUUGCAGUGCCUUCGUGGUGACAGGAGUCCUCCUCUUUAUCUUCAGCCUCAACCUGCACACCAAGGUGCCCCAUGUCAACUGGAGCCUCACGGACCUGGUUAACACGGCUGCCAGCACCUUCUUCUUCUUCUUGUCGUCUCUUGUGUUGGCCUGCAUCAACCACAACACUGGAGCUGAAAUAGCAGCAGUGAUCUUUGGCUUCCUGGUGACAGGUGUGUAUGGAGUUAACACCUUCCUGGCGGUACGGAGGUGGCGCCGUGGCAAUGGGUGUCAGGGGGCGGCUCAGACCAGCGAGUACAUGCGAGCACGCACGGCAUCUCGUGGAGAAAUGGAGGCACGACCUGAACUUGGAUGAGUGCUGGCAGAGAGUCAGACUGAAAGGAAAGCCACACUACCGGCAGCUGACUGAGAUAGACUCUGCCCUCAGAACAGUAUUUCAUUCAAGUCUUGAGUGCAAGGGCCAUCUCAAGCUCACCACAUGCUUUUGACUUCUCCUCACCUCAGCCGUGCUUUCUGCCUGCCCAGCCACUGAAUAAAUGUUCAUUUCAUAGCCACAGAUGAGCUCUGUGGCUUUGUUUAUCAGGCAUCCUGGCUUCAGAGACACAUGAAGACUCUAAAGUGAAGAGCUCCAGUCACAAUUGAAGGUAUUCUCUGUAAAACCUUUCACCCAUGUACCUUUCUAAGUCAGUAUGAAUGAUGACUUCCACAAAGAGCCAAAAAAAGGCUGACCUUACUCCAACUGUGCACUAACUCCUGCUUUGGCGUAGGUGUUGACUUUUUUUUUAGAAAUAGAAAGUUUUGUUUUUCACUGUGAAUGAAGUCGAGUUACAGAAGGUUUGUACAGUUUGCUUAUUUCACGCCGCUGUCUGUGAAAUCUGUGGUAAUAAAUGUGACCUGUGAGCAAAACAUGAGAUAUUUGAAUCUAAAGAUUCCACAUGCUGACAUGUUUGUUUCCCCUUCGCCGCUAUUAAGCUCCCUGCUGCCAACAGUUAUACAGUAACAGUACAGGGUCGUUCUUCAUCAACUGCAAUGAAGACAGGCAGCACAACAAAAGGUCAACAUUUUGAAAUUAGUGCUAAAAGAUCUUCUUUGCAACACAAAUGCAUCCAGUGGGUUUGCCACAAUAAUGAGACCAAUGUAAAAAUGUAUUUUCUGUCCCAAGUUGUGUAUAAACUAUUCAAAAGAUAUUCACACUAGCAUUCCUAAGAUUUUAAUUUCGAGGUCUGUUAGGUCAACACUGUGAGACAGGAGAAGGUUGUAUCACGCGAUGAUCGUAAUUGGUAUCUUGUUACCUUUGCACAUACUGUAUCCAAGGCUUCAGGUUACGCAAAUGUUGAUGGUACAUCAGUGAGAUUAAUUAUGAAACACACCUCAGUAGAUGCCCUUUAGCCCAUAGACUGUAUCUCAGGUAUUGACACACUCCUUUCAUCUUUGAUUCUUAAAAAAAA